UGACUCCUGUCAUUUUUAGCGAACAGAAAUUCGCAUUUUCUGCUUCCUUGCCCAAAAUAUAUAUAAAAAAAUUGCCGGCAUUUUUUAAAUAAGUGAGAAUUUUAAUUGUGUUAUUCAUUAGAAAUCAAAAGAGCAUCUUUUAACCGGCUUCAUUGUUGUCCGCAAGUAUCCCGUUUGGGUUGAAAAUGGCUUCGAUCGCGAAAAAAGUGAAAAAAUCCGACGACGCGCUUGAGGACGAAUCGGAAGCGUUGGAGGCAAUCGACAGCUGCCAAAACGAAAUCGAUGCCCUCAACGAGAAAGCCAGCGAGGAAAUCCUCAAAGUCGAGCAAAAGUACAACGGACUGCGGAAGCCCCACUUUCAGAAGCGAAACGAAAUCAUCAAGCGCAUUCCGAGUUUCUGGGUGACGGCCAUCGUGAACCAUCCGCAGAUAUCCGGUAUCCUCGAGGAAGAGGAAGAAGAGUGUUUGCAGUUCAUGGAGAAACUAGAGGUGGAGGAAUUUGAGGACAUCAAGAGCGGCUAUCGCAUUCACUUUUACUUUGACGAGAAUCCGUAUUUCGAAAACAAAGUACUGACAAAGGAGUUCAAUCUGGGCACAAGUGGCGAAUCUCCUGUUUCAACCAGCACGGCCAUCAAGUGGAAACCGGAUCGCGAUCUGACCAAGAUGUUGCCAAAGAAGGCGAUGGCUAACCGGCGGAAGCGCGGUCUAGAGUAUCGAACAUUUUUCGACUGGUUCACCGACAAUAAUGAUCCGAUUAACGAUGACAUUGCCGAACUGAUCAAGGACGAUCUGUGGCCAAAUCCGCUCCAGUACUAUCUGGUGCCGGACAUCGAGGUGGAACCGGAAGCGGAAGAGGACGGCGGUGAAGAAGACUUUGGUGACGAUGGCGAGGGCGAGGAAGAAGAGGACGAGAUCGAAGAUGAGGAAGAGGAGGCCUAAGAGGCAAGUUUAUUUUGUGAGGAUCGAAAUCAUUGUGGAUCAACAGUUUAUACUACUUUUGCUGUCAACGUGGGUAAGCAUAAAGGCAAUUAUUUAUUACUAAAUUCAAUGGUAGAGACCCAAUUCUAGAUGUAGUGAAACAGAAUUCCACGAUUGAUCAGAAUUUCGUAUAUUAUGUUAUAAAAUUGCUUUGACGUUGAUCUGGAAUUAGUACAGCUCCAGAAUCGUUUUAUAGCAAUAGAAUACCAUAGAAUAUUGUGUUUUAACAGCAGCACCCAUUACCCUAUAAAAUACAAUUGACGCGAAUCAAACAUUUAAGGAUGACUAUAGCUACUUAUGUAGUUUGGAGAUUAACGCGACCGAAACAGGAAUUAAGACAAAGCAUAUAAAGUAUUAUUGGAUGAAAAUGGUACCACAAAUGAACUAUAUACGGCUAAUAAACAAGCACUACUUAAAACUGAGAUCUAAGGAACAAACAAA